AUCAUCUCUCUUCCUUCCUCCCGAAUCUCAGCAUGUAAACAGCGCCAAAAAGAUUAGAGGGCGUGGCUUCGCCUCGUGGUCGCAGCGAUUUGUCGAAACUUGGGAUCUCCUGCGUGUCUCUAGGGCAAGCGUAUUCCUUUGCUCCUCAUGGGAAACAAGAGGAAGGAGAAGAAGAGCAAGAAGCACAAGGGGAAGAUCAUGGGCGAGCAGGGACUGGCGCUGAGCUACGUCCACGACUGGGUCUUCCGCAACCCAUCCGACGCCGCCGCCGCCGACGACCAAGGCUUCUUGCCGCCGGCGGCCCGCAAAAUCACCGAUUCCGUCGUUUUCGAGCUCCACUGCCACUCCAACCGCAGCGACGGCUUCCUCUCCCCGGCUGCUCUGGUGGAGCGAGCCCAUCGAAAUGGGGUGAAUGUUCUUGCCCUUACUGACCAUGAUACGAUGGCUGGCAUAUCAGAGGCUAUGCAAACAGCCCAGAAGUAUGGCAUAAGGAUAAUUCCUGGCGUCGAGAUAAGUGCUGUAUGCUCUCCUAGUUUUAGCUAUGAAGAAGAGGCUUUUUUGGAAACCAAAUUGAUUUCAUUUCACAAAGAGGUUCAUCCAUUAAAGCCGCAUUUGCUUAUUUUGUGUAUGAAUGACAGAAGGGAAGAAGCAGGAAUCGGUGAACCUGUCCAUAUCCUUGCAUACUAUGGAAGCUCAGGGCCUUCUAGGUACGAGGAUCUGGAUAAUCUGUUGUCAAAUAUCAGAGAUGGACGGUAUGAGCGUGCAAAGAAUAUGUUGUUGAAGCUAGCUAAGUUAAAAGUUCCUAUUAAGUGGGAGCAUGUCGCCAAAAUAACAGGGGAAGGUGUUGCUCCAGGACGAGUACAUAUUGCUAGAGCAAUGGUUGAAGCUGGUCAUGUUGAGAAUUUGAGAGAAGCUUUUAAUAGAUAUCUUUACGAUGGUGGACCUGCUUAUGCCUUAGGAACCGAACCAUCUGCAGAGGAAGUGCUGCAAUUGAUUCAUCGCACUGGGGGCAUUUCUGCUUUGGCUCAUCCAUGGGCUUUGAAAAAUCCAAUUGCUGUUAUCAGAAGCUUGAAUGCUGCUGGCCUUCACGCCAUGGAGGUAUAUAGGAGCGAUGGGAAGGCUUCUGGAUAUGGCGAGUUGGCCGAUACUCAUGAGCUUAUAAAGAUUGGAGGAUCUGAUUAUCAUGGAAGAGGUGGUCAUGAUGAAUCUGAUCUGGGGAGUGUUAGACUCCCACUCAUAUCUAUCUAUAGGUUCUUGAAGGUGGCUCGACCAAUUUGGUACAACGCAACUAAAGAUAUCCUUCAGAACUUUGCAGAGGAUCCUUCCAAUACUAGUCUGGAGAAAAUCAUGAGGUUUCUGAUGCCCAAUAAAUUCAAAGGGUUUUCUACUGCUAAUAGUGCUAAAGACAUUGUCGACCUAUGUGUAUCGUCUUGGCUCACUAAAGAUGAAAAGGAGGAAAAUGACUUUGACGAGAUCCGGCACAUGCUUGCAGACACUUUUAUUAGCAAUUGCUCAGCGCAAAUGUCUCUUUACUCUAGCAGAUAACUCAUGGUCAAUAACUUAUGCCAUGGGUGAUCAGCCACCUUGAAGAUAAUGUUUCUUCACAAGAAAACUAUACACCUUUUUUUAAGCCCCUCCUCUUUCGGCAUUUAGCUGAUACUGGCAGUAUCCUGAAACUUGUAUGAUCAUCACAAAGGCAAAUACUUAUAGUUUUCCGGCAUUGGUGAUACUCUUAUUAUCGUUUGUUUUUCAACCAUCUUUGAGGCAUCUGAAGUGUAGAUAAUGUCUUUUUUUUUAUAUGUGAACUGUGAGCAUGUAAGAAAGAUAAAACCAUAGUUGCUCUUCGCCUGAUU